CGAGUGGCAGUAGGCAGCCGCGCGCGCUGCCCGCGGGCCGCGCGCCUCCGUUACGAGUUUCCUUGUUAUUGUUAGCGAGUGUUGACCGCGCCGCCGCCCGCGCCGCUGACCCGCUUUGUGUCGCUGCACCUGCAUUCACAUCGCGUUAUCGCACUAAUGCCGAUUUAAUUGCGUUAGUUUUCCACACGAAGCACUCGCGCCAGAAAAAUGGUAGCACGACUAGUCGGGUUCAGGUCCGGAUGGCUCCUGCGACACGGAGGGCGAGGCGGAGUGCGGCGCGGGCGACGCGGAGAGCCCGCCCCCCCUGUCUUUCGGCUACGCCCCCGGCGGCGGUGGCCUGUCGCCGUCCCACUCGCGCAGCUACCAGGAGCUGCGGCCUGCGCACGCGCAUACGACACACGCGCGCGAUAUGCAGACAUACGCACACCUCGAGGAAGCGCUGUUCAAGCCGACAGCGGGGUUGCCGUCAACCGGGGGCUCCACGGAUGGCGCAUAUUUGCGCGGGCGCAGCCCCGAACUAAGCCCUUCGCCAGAACGCCGUGAGGACUAUCGUACACUACACUACGAGCCCUACGCGCCCGCACCACCCCCGCCGCCCUACACGCACGAUCACCAUCAUCACGUCGACGGCGGAGGCGGUGGAGGCGCGGCCUACACGCGUUGUGCGUACCCGACCGCCGGCUCGCCUUACUUCAGCAACGGUGCAGACCUCACGCAGCCGCAGAUAUGGACCUCAGCUGCAGGAGGAUCGCCGAACUACGGCACCGCUAGUGGCGCUGGCUCAGUGCUCGGUGAGGAAUAUGGUGAUACGGGAGAGGCGGGCGAGAGCGGAGGGGCGGGAAGCGGGGGCGCACUGCCCGCCUUUAGCGCUCGUUUCGGAGGCGCCUUCGCCAGCGCCACUUCCAGGCCGUCCACUGUAUACGGCACCACCGCGCUGGCUACGAACGCUUAUGCACAACCGGAAGUAUGGAGUCUAGACGGCAGCCGACGGCCGCAGCUCUCCGCCGCCGCCAGCCUCUCAGCCAUCGAUAUGGCGGAGUUUUUCACGGAGGGUCGCGAGUGCGUGAACUGCGGGGCCAUCCACACGCCGCUGUGGCGGCGCGACGGCACCGGCCACUACCUGUGCAACGCGUGCGGCCUCUACAACAAGAUGAACGGCAUGAACCGGCCGCUCAAGCAGCCGCGGCGGCUGGUACGUCAGCGGCACGCGGCACACGCGCUGGCGCCCGCUCCCGACAUGGGCACGAAGCGGCCGGGCAUGUCUUGCAGCAACUGUCACACGACCACCACCUCGCUGUGGCGUCGCAACGCGCACGGCGAGACCGUCUGCAACGCCUGCGGCCUGUACUACAAGCUCCACAACAUCAACCGUCCGCUCGCUAUGAAGAAAGACUCCAUACAGACGAGAAAGCGGAAACCUAAGAACAGCAUGAAGGCCGAGAGAAGUUUGAGUAAGAGUUUAGUGAACGCGGCGCACGCGGCGCACGCGGCGCACUCGGCGCACAACUCGCACAACUCGCACUCGGUCGGAGCCGCCGUCAAAAUGGAGAACCUGCUGGAGGGCGGCGCGACCGGCGGCGCGGGCUCGGGCGCGCGCUCCCCGCUGACGCUCGGCUUCUACGUGCAGCAGCACGCCGCCGCCGUGAAGCUGGAGGAGCCGCCGCCCGCGCACGCGCACCAGCACGCGCACCAGGCGCACCACCCGCACCAGGCGCACCACGCGCACCACGCGCAGUCCUUCUACGACGAGACGGAGUACCGGCGCGCGGAGCCGCAGGAGCGCCUCGAACGCCCGACCGUCGUGUCGUUGGGCAGCUGAGCGCCGUCCGCGUCUCCCGUAAUAAUCUCAGCCCCGCGACCGGCCGUCGCGAGCGGAAUAAUAAUAAGAAUCUCAGUCGUUUAAGCUUAGUUAAUCGUAGAGUAGCGGACGAGAGCCGAGGAGUCUUCGCUAGUUGACCAAAUAGAGCGGAUAGGGCGCCGGAGAGCGGGCUCGGGCCUCGCCGGGAUCCGUGCUCCAUCCGAGUUUGAGUAGUUUUACUAUAGAAUUUUAUAUAUUUUAUGUUAGAGAGGAGUCUAUGAGUACGAGCAUUUAUAGAAAAUUAUUUAAAUAUUUACAAUGACUUUUUAACAUAGACCAGUACUAAUUUAGUCUAUCAUUCGAAAUUAUUGUCACGAAUAUCGAUGACGAUCUAGCUCGAAAGUUAAGAUAGGAACAAAUCGCCAGACGCUACGCUCGUGACCUUCGGAACGCCAUCAUUACUCGAUCUAAACGGUUGCUUAUUAGAAUCUCUCUUGAAAAUAUUUAAUAUAUACUAAUGAGUACGCAGUUUAGAAGUCCACGAGUCGCGCCUGCGACGAGCUCUCCGACGUCGCCCGGCGGCUGACGGCGUGUUCUGUUACCAAAUAAUUAUUAUACCUAUGUAUAAAUACUAUAAGACUGUGCUUAGGCAUUCCUAAAGUGUUGCAUUCCUAAAUAGAUAUAUCGCUUAGUUACUUUAUGUAAUGUUAUACAAUAGUUCUUAAAUACGCCACUGAGGCUGUUCGUAGGUAACAAAGUCUACAUUAUAUUCGAUAUUAUUGUGUGUUAAUUUUAUUAUAUUUUUAUGAACUCCAUGACUUCAAAAUGCAUUCCACGAAUUUAUAAAUGUAUAAGAUUUUAUAUUAAGUUGUGCGUUAUUGAGGCUCUGUCACGAAAUAAAAAUACAAGCGACAAAUAGCGUUCGAAGCAUUUCAACAUCUCAUCGUCACCUCAGAUAUAUCUGUGUCGACUACAACCACUUCCCGAGUCUGAUAGUACCCACUCGGCAGUGUCGUACGCACUUGGUUCAUUAGAAUCAUUCACCGGUUCGGGAGUGAGUGUGAGAUUUAGUUUUAUUAUCACAGAACCGACGAAUUAUGAUGACAAUAAAACCACGACGGUGGGCGACGUUCUUACUGUACUUGUGCUCGCAACAAUUGGCAUAAUAACUUAAACAAGACAUAAUGUAAGUAACGUAAGAGAAUCGCUCCGUUGUUUGACCACGUGCUCGUUUCGCCGCGAAGCCGAUGCUCCAACUUCUGUACAUAACAAAUAUAUCUGUAUGAAUUAAUAUAAUUACCUGCUGUUGCUUUAGUCACUAAAUUAUAAUAAACAUUUUUAUUAAGUACUUUAAUAAAAUUUAAAAAAUAAAACGAUUAGUGAGUGAUGAAUUUAGUAAUACGGUUGCUCACCGGAGGCGACCGGAACAGGUCCGGGCGCCACGCAAGUUAUAUAGCGAUAUAUACACAGAUACAUAUAGCGUGUUUAUUAUUAUUUAUGUAUGAUAGAGUCCCGCGGCAGCGAUGCGCUGCUCGCGGUCUGCAAUUACAUUUUAUGUAAAUAUAAUAUAAGCAAUGAAAGUACACUUUGAAUAAAUCGAAUUAUUAAUUAA